GUUGCGGGAAUGGAAGUGACAUUACGUUGGGCGGAUGUUAAUUACAGCAUCCGUCGGAAGAAUAGUUAUUGGUGGUGGAAGUGCAAAAGAACGCCAGAAACCCAUCAUAUUCUUCAGAAUGUGUCCGGUGAAGUAUCCACUGGUGAUCUCGUUGCCAUUGUGGGUGCAAGUGGAGCUGGUAAAACCACUCUCUUGGCGGCAAUCUCUAGAAGAAUUCGUGGAAACAAAUUGGCGGGAAAGUUCACGAUCAACUCGAGGGAAGUUGAUCGCGAGGAAAUGACAAGCAUCUCGGGAUUUGUGCCACAGAGUGAUAGUCUGAUCAAUGCUCUGACCGUUGAGGAACAUCUAAUGUUUAUUGGGUUACUCAAAUAUUCCCGGAAGAUGCCACAGAUUCAAUUGAGGAUAACCAUCAAGAAAAUUCUUGUACAACUGGGACUCAACUCUCUAGCUAAUUCGAGAAUUGGGACUCUUUCUGGAGGCGAGAGGAAGAAGCUCAAUUUGGCUACAGAAUUACUUGGGGAACCCUACUUCUUGUUUUGUGACGAACCUACCACCGGAUUGGACAGUUUCAAUGCUCUUUUAGUGAUCAAGACUCUAAAAAACCUCUGUGGGAUUAAUGAAAAUUCUGAGAAUAACACCAAUUCCAAGAUGGAAAUCGUGACAUCGGAGAAAGAUCUCUGGGAACCACAAUCACAGACAUUCCCCAAAGGCAUUGUCUGUUCGAUUCAUCAACCAACUUCUGACAUCUUCCACUGCUUCUCUCACAUGAUCCUUCUCCGCGAAGGAAGAAUUGUAUUCCAGGGAACCACAAGCCAAGCUGAAGAUAAGUUUCGCGAAGCUGGGUUCAUUUGUCCAGAAAACUACAAUCCGAUUGAAUAUUACGUGAAGAUCAUAUCGCAAAAACCUGAACUUGAUAUCAUGGUUGCAAAAUUACGGUCGCAAGAAACCAAGCCAAAUCCUGUAAAGAUCCAACCUAGUCAACUCUCUACUUCUUGGAUUCUUCAGGUUUUCUACCUUCUGAAACGAUCAAGCUUGGUUUCUCGAAGAUCAUUGAAGGAGGCAGUUACUAGGAGCUGUGUUUAUAUGAUUUCAUCAAUUUUCCUAUCACUUUUCUAUCAGAGCGUCACUGAGAAGAUGUCACAAACUUCUAUCCAGGAUAUUGAGGGAGCAAUCUUUUGUUUGUGCGUUGAAAUCGUCGGCACAAAUUAUUGUUUAGUGAUUAUGUUCUUUUGCCCACAAUUAGCCCUGAUCCGAAGAGAGACUGGGGAGAAACUGUUCAGUGUCUCUGCUUUUUAUACAGCUUCUGUUCUUGAACAGCUCCCUCGGACUUUUAUCGAGUCCUUUAUAUUCGUGGGUAUCAUGUAUAUAUCCUUGGAUUUCUUUAGCGAUAUGUGGACGUAUAUUGCGAUAUCUUUAAGUUGUUCUUUUGCUGCUGUGACUUCUAUGGCCUAUGGAUUCAUGAUCGCGGGUGUCUUCAUAGAAGAGAACAUAGUUAAUGAGGUUUCAAUGCCUCUUGACUAUAUUAUGAUGAUCUUUGGAGGGUUUUAUGUAAACGUAAGUAAAUUUCCCUUUAUAAAAUACACAUCGCUCUUUUUUCUUACGAAUGAAGCGAUAUCCAUUCAAUUUUGGCGGGAGAUCGACUACAUUGAAUGCACUACAUCAACGAAUUGUCUUCGAAAUGGAACUGCUGUUCUCACUUACUACUCCUUCGGUACUGAUACUUCAGCAGUCUGGAUGGACUAUUUAUACUUCGCAUUAUCGUUUAUAAUUUUUCAUAUUCUAGGCUACCUUGGCCUAAAGCAUUACAUUCAGAAGGAAGGUUUCUAUUGAAGAUUUUCGAUAAAAAUAUAAAUUCAUUACAGACAAAUAUAAAUAAUUUUUCCAUCGUGAUACUCAAAAACUUUACCUAUUCUUUGUUGUCCAGACAAAGAGAUUCCCGAAUGAGACAUGAAUACUAAAAAGAGACUCGUUCUAGAACCACAUAUUCAACUUAUAAAUACCCAGGUGUUAUUAUUUCUAUCAAUCUCUCUUUUACUUCUCUUUCUUUUAUUCAUUUAGAUUUUUUUGUGUACUCACCUAAAAUCUCUGAAAAUAGACAUUCUUUUAAGAAAGGAACAUUUGAUGUGUAUUAGUUUGAAACUGCUAUUAAAAUUGUAAUGAACGAAAUAGAAUCGAAAAUGUACAAGUAUUUGAGAAGAAAUUAUUACACUUCUGGUAGUUUUACUACAAAAUUGCAUUCAAAUGUUUCAGACGUGUAUUCAUAUGGAUUUAAUAUUUUAAGAGCACACAGAUGUUUACCAUUGAUAUAUUAUCGUUACAUAGUAGCACUCUGACGAACAUCCCAUCUCAGGGUUGCACAAACUUUACAGAAAUUUUCCUCAAUUUAUUGAUUUUAAACAUCCAGCAAGUCAGCAUUAGUUGGUUACUAAAAAAAUUCGUGAGUCUCAAAAAAAGAAUUAUGUGUCCUAUAUUAUUAAUUUUACUUAGCUGUAUUAGUAUUAUAAUUGUUUAAAGAAGUAAUAUCAAGGGCCAAACAGUUGAAAUAAACAAUUUAAAAAAAUAUAAAUUUAUUCAUCUUUAGAAUUAACCCUCUAAGGACGAAAGGGAUAAAAAUUGGAGAUCAGAUAAAAUCACUUUAUCAGAUUUUUUUUAGAGAAUAACAUAACUUUACAAUUAGAUGAUCGUAGAAAAUAUUUUCUUGGGAUACCGCUGCCCUAUCGUCCUUAAAGGUUUCAGGGAAUAUUAUAUAAAUCUAAUUCACGAAAAACAAACAUUUUUUUAAAUAUUAGAAAAAAAGAUAUUGAAAAUUGUACACUUUAAAAAUAAUUAUUUGAAUCAAUUUUAAAUAUUUUAAUAAUUAUCUAAGG